AUGGCUGUCGCAAGGCCAUCAACAGCGCCUCGUUUGGGCAGUAUGGGCGACUCGUCUGAAUCGGCCCAGAGCGCCACCUCAUCGCCAUCGCAAGCCUCCUCGGUGACAUCCACCGACGAAACUGCUGAACCAUACACAGAAGGCCCUGGUCGCGUCUCAAGAGAUCCCACCGCUAUCGUGGGGCUGGCGUGCCGUGUCCCUGGGGCGCAAAACCCUAGCAAGUUAUGGGACAAUAUUCUGAAGCAGAAAGACAUCCAACGAAAGAUGCCCGAGGAAAGAUUCAAGAUCGACAACUUCUACAAUCCUGACGGUACUAACAAGGGAACUACCAACGCCACCGCCGGAUACUUCCUGGAACAAGACCUCAGCGUCUUCGACAACGAGUUCUUCCAUAUCUCCGGCAAAGAAGCCGAGGCUAUGGACCCCCAACAACGACUGUUACUGGAGGUUGUUUACGAAGCGUUGGAAGAUGCUGGCAUACCCAUGGAUGAGAUCAGUGGGUCAUCAACUUCCGUCUACUGCGGCAGCUUUACGAACGACUACAAAAACAUCCUCAAUAAUGAUCUAGGCUACUACCCGAAGUACGCCGCGACUGGGAUUGGGAACGCGAUACUGUCCAAUCGCAUAUCCUACUUCUACGAUCUUCAUGGCCCUAGCAUGACGAUUGAUACCGCGUGCUCCUCGUCACUCAUUUGCUUCCACUUCGGCAACAAAUCUGUUCAAGACGAUGGUGCAGAUCUUUCGGUUGUUGUAGGAUCCGCGCUCCAUUUCGAUCCUAAUAUGUAUGUGAUGAUGACUGACGUUGGCUUCCUCUCAACGGACGGCAGAUGCCGCGCCUUCGAUGCAAGCGGCAAAGGCUAUGUUCGAGGGGAGGGUGUGUGUGCAGCUAUCCUCAAGAAGCAAUCCCGUGCUGAGCAAGACGGUAACCCCAUCCGUGCGCUCGUUCGAGGCACCAACACCAAUCACGACGGAACAAAAGAUGGCAUCACCAUGCCCAAUUCCUACGCACAAGAGAGCCUUAUCAGGUCUACAUACAAAAAUGCCGGCUUAGACACAAGAGAGACACAGUACUUUGAGGCUCAUGGUACUGGUACACAAGCCGGUGACCCACGCGAGGCUCGUGCGAUUGGCGCCGUCUUCGCACCAAACCGCGAGACUCCCCUCUAUGUGGGCUCCGUGAAGACAAAUCUUGGCCAUCUGGAAGGUGCUUCUGGGCUGGCAGGUAUCAUCAAGACAACUAUGGCCCUCGAAAAUGAGAAGAUUCCGCCCAAUAUGCUGUUCAAUAACCCCAACCCCAACAUCAACUUCCAAAAGCUGAGUAUGACUAUUCCUACUAAGCUGUUAGACUGGAAAACGACUGGUGGUGUCCGGCGCGCAAGCAUCAACUCCUUCGGGUAUGGUGGUGCUAAUGCGCAUGUAAUUCUCGAGGGAUAUACUGCGAAACCCAAAUUGAACAAGACUCUACUAUCUAAGGACCACACCUCAAUGACAAUGGAUCGACCUUUGCUUUUACCCCUGACAUCUCAUUCGGUCCGAGCUGGCGAUCUACUGAAAGACCAACUGAACAGCUUCUUUCAAGAGGAAGCCACUCACUCAACGGGUUCUCUCGCUAGAAGUCUCAGCACCCACGGUCGGAGCAUGCAUCAGGUCCGCUCUUUCGUCAUCGCCAAAGACAGGAAUCAAGUGACCGAGGGUCUUGCCAAGCCGCUGACCUGGACGCGGUCUGGUGAAUCUGUCAAAAGACUCGGAUUCGUCUUCACAGGCCAAGGGGCACAAUUCUUUUCAAUGGGACGACAACUCAUUCAGCAGUCCCCGCUCUUCCGACAAGCUCUCGACAGAUGCGAUAGCAUUCUUCAAAGCUUGCCGGAGGUUGAUAGGCCAGAAUGGACUUGCGUCGGUGAACUACUUCGCACCAAGGAAGACUCUCGGGUAUCUCAGAGCACUUUCUCGCAACCACUCUGCACUGCCAUCCAGCUUGCCCUAGUGGAUCAACUCGCCAAAUGGGGAAUUAAACCUUCGAUUACGGUUGGCCAUUCAUCAGGUGAAAUGGGUGCGGCAUAUGCUGCUGGGAUCUUAUCUUUCGAAGAUGCGAUCAUGAAUGCCUACUACCGUGGACGCGUCUUCCAGAUGGAAACGAAGAACAAGGUACAAGUCCCUGGCUCGAUGAUGGCUGUGCAGAUGUCAGAAGCCGAGGCCAUACAAGAGCUGCAGAAGUAUGAAGGUCGCAUUAAAAUUGCAGCCGUCAAUAGUCCGACAAGCCUGACGCUUUCCGGCGACGAACCUGCGAUCGACGAGUUGAAAGAUGUCUUGGCUGCUAAGGGCACCUUCCACCGAAAGCUUCAAGUCGACAAGGCCUACCAUUCUCAUCACAUCGCUCCCUAUGGUCCGCUGCUCAAUGACUUCCUCAGCAACAUUCGACCAAUGCACAGCAAGUGCCCCAUGUCAUCAAGCGUGACAGCACGCAUGGCAGAGCCAAAGAAAAUGCAAUCAAAGUACUGGGUGUCAAAUCUGACAGGACAAGUACGAUUCUGCGACGCUGUCACAAACAUGUUGCUGAACGAUGAGGAAGAGGUCAACGUUGACGCACUCAUCGAAGUCGGCCCUCAUCAUGCUCUCAAAGGACCUGUCAAAGAGAUCAUGAAGUCUCUCAAGCUCGACAUACCUUAUGUACCUACCCUGAGUCGUGGCACGCCUGACUUUGAGGCACUUCUGACAUGCGCCGGCCAACUGUUCUCACUCGGCUACAAUGUGGACCUGCCCUCUGUGAAUAGCAACAUUUUCAUCGAUGCCAAAAACAAAGUCAGGAAGCUACCGUGUGGCCCAGAAAUUAAAUUACCCAGCUAUGCUUGGGAUCACGGCACAAAGCAUUGGUCGGAUACGCGUGUAACCAAAGCUCUUCGAGAGCGUACUGGUUACCACGAGAUCCUUGGUGCUCCCGUUGCUGAUUCCGUCGAAAAUCAUCCACGCUGGCGCAGAUACUUGAGGCCGGCUGAGAUUCCCUGGUUAUCGCAACAUAUGAUUCAAGGCAAGAUCAUCUUUCCAGCAGCAGGCUACAUCUGCAUUGCACUGGAGGCAGCUCUGAGGCUCGAGAGACGCCCUGAGCGCAUCCAAGCCAUCAAUUUUCGGGAUGUAUCAUUCAAGUCUGCCAUGCCAGUUCGAACAGACGACAUGGGCACCGAAGUCAUGACAGAGCUUCAACCUGCUGCAAUCUCUGCAAAGCGUGUUUCUGAUUCCUGGUACAGAUUCACGAUCAACUCAUACGAUGCCAAUGGCCGCUGCGACGAGCACUGUUAUGGUUCCGUCGAGCUCGUUGGUGGUCUCCCAAGCGCCAUAGAUGCCGGCAAGCCUAGUCCAUCUCUUGCAGAGUUAAAGAAGUCUUGCGAUAGGACCAUGACUCUGCAACGAUAUUACGAGCAUCUAUGGUCAAUGGGGCUUCAAUACGGCGAAGACUUCCAGCUCUUGUCCGGCAACGUUGAGAGCGGUCCUGGGUGUUCAGUGGCACCUCUCACCUUCCAGCGAAGCCAAGUUGCGAGCGACCUGCCCAGUAGUGACUGCAUGGUGCAUCCCACGCUUUUGGAUGCCGCAUUCCACGCAAUAUUUGCUGCCUGUGAAGCCGAUAUGGGCAGGAGCCUUGGGGAGCCGUUUGUGCCUACCUUUGUGAAAUCACUGAAAGUCUCUGGUCUGAUGAAGGACCUGAUGCACUCCGAAGAUCAGCAGCGCUUCUGGGUGGACACAAAGUCGCAGAUUGCAGGACCUCGAACAGCCAAAGCCGAUCUAGCUAUCAGAUCUCAGGAUUGCAGCAAACUCAUGAUCGACCUGCAGUGUGGAGAAUUUACGGCGCUUGGAGGAGAUGAAGCCGGAAACGCCGUAGAUAGAGUACUCUUCUAUCGCACAAGAUGGCUGCCAUCAUUCUCGCUGCUGGGUACAAAUACUAGUGGCCACAGCUUUGAAUCUAUCGGACAGGCUAUGGAGCUUUUCGUACACCAGGUGCCAGACGCCAAAAUCUUGCACUUGUCGUCGAAUAAAGAAGCUAUCCUCGAUGUUCUUCACCAUAUUACUGACCACAAAGGUUAUCUCCGGAACUUCCAGAGCUUGACCCCAUAUGCUCCCUCUGUUGAGGGUGUACCUCGCAAUUGGGAUGGUAUGGAAAGCUUGAGAGACAAGUACCUUGAUCGCGUACUCUUUGAAGAGCCUCAAGCUAGCUCUUACGAUGCUGUAAUCAUCCAGGAAGACACCUCGCUCGACAUCAAGAGCUUCCUCAAGCCUGGUGGAUUCGUUCUCAGUGAUGGGCCAGCCUUCAAGGCCCAAGACCUGACACCAACUUUCAAUAUUAGAGACAUUUCGGCAUGGCAAUAUACUACUGAAAGCCAGUCAUCUGAGAAGCUCACACUCAUCAUGCCGUUGUCUGUCUCCGAGCGUACAGAGUUGGUGGCGUCCUGCAUCGAAAAGCAACACUCGGGUCCGAUAACUCGAACAAAUCUGCUCAGUGUCCUUGAGUCGAAGGCCGAACUCAAUGGCGACGUGAUCGUCCUUGCAAGUUUGGAGAACCAUUUCUUCUUCGAUGAAGAAAGUGAUUCAGCGCCGCACUUCGAAGCUAUCCGGCACCUGUUGACGACUGGCAGCAAGAACCUCGUAUGGAUCACUGAAGGCGCCUCCAAAGAAUCCGAGAAUCCUCGACAUGCCAUGAUCACCGGUCUUGCAAGAGCAGCUCGCAGUGAGAAUGAAGACUUACGUUUAGUCACAUUAGACUUCUCCAUGAAGGCUGGCAGUCAAAAAAUUUCCGACCGUGCACUCCAAGUCCUUGGUCGACGACUUGGUGAAGAUGAGUUUGCUGAGCGCGAUGGCAAGCUUUUGAUACCAAAGUUGGAGCCUGAUACUGCUCGAAACUCCAAGCUCCCGUCAAACAACCGCGGAGAAGCAAGGUUCGAGCUAUUCGAUCAAGAGCGUCCCCUGUCUCUCAAGAUUGGUAAGGUUGGCCUCUUGGACACUCUUGCAUUUACAGAGGAUACUAGCAUCCUUGACAAUGUGCUGGGUGCUGAUGAGAUAGAAAUGGAUGUCAAAGCGUCUGCAAUCAACUUCCGCGACAUUGCUGCCUCGAUGGGUAUCAUCGAUGACUUCCGUCUCGGCGACGAAUGUGCUGGUGUGAUCCGCCGCAUUGGUAGCGCCGUGGACACAUUAUCUUUUAAGGAAGAAGACCACGUGGUUUGCUGGCGGCCUGGACAGGGGGCUCAUAGCUCAGUACUCCGAUCUCCCGCCGAUGUCUGCCACAAGAUACCUAAUAUGACCUUUGCCAAUGCGGCAUCCUUCCCAUUGAUUUUGACGACAGCUUAUUUCGCGCUCCAGAAUUCUGCUCGUCUGCAGGCUGGCGAGACUGUCCUGAUUCACUCAGCCGCUGGAGGUGUCGGUCAGAUGGCUAUCCAAGUUGCUCAUAUGCUAGGAGCUAAAGUAAUCGCCACUGUCGGAUCUCAAGCCAAGCGUGAGUUCAUCAGAGACCAAUUUGGUAUUGAUGAGAGCCAUAUUCUUUCUUCCCGUGACUCGACAUUCGUGCAAGGGGUUUUGGAUCUGACAGACGGUCGAGGUGUCGACGUUGCUCUCAACAGUCUCGCUGGAGAGCUUCUUCACGGCACAUGGAGCUGCAUGGCUCGCUUUGGUCGCUUCAUCGAAAUUGGAAAGCGCGAUAUCCACGAGAACUCUAAGCUUGACAUGGAUGCUUUCAGGAAGAACGUUUCGUUCGCCUCGGUCGACAUGAUCACCGUCUACGAGUACAACAGAUCCCUUGGAUCACGUGUCUUUAAAGAUUGUUGUCGUCUAAUUGAGAGUGGAGCAAUCAAGCUGCCCGAGACAGUUGCCGAGUAUCCUUACAGUGAGGCCCAGAAAGCUUUCAGAGUUCUGCAGAUGGGCAAACAUCUUGGGAAAGUUGUUCUGACCUCACGUGAAAACGACCUGGUGCCGGUCCUUCCACCUACUUAUCGUAAUAAGACACUCUUUGAUCAAGACAAGACCUACCUUCUUGUUGGUGGCCUUGGUGGCCUUGGUCGGACCCUGGCUGAAUGGAUGGUGCGCAAAGGGGCUCGUAAGCUCGCUUUCUUGUCUCGCUCCGGUGCCAACCGUCCAGAAGCUGCGUCUACUGUGCAAUGGCUUGAAGCUCGCGACAUCGAAACCUCUGUCUUCAAGGUUGAUGUGACCAGCUACACCGCAGUCAAAGAAUGCAUCGAAAAGCUUGGACCCAGCUUAGCUGGUAUUUUCCAAGCCGCUAUGGUCCUUCAAGAUUCACCUCUCGACAAGAUGACCUACGACCAGUGGCAGACUUGCGUGCGACCGAAAGUAAGAGGCACUUACAAUCUGCAUCUUGCUACCAUGCAGACCAAGCUUGACUUCUUUGUCUGUUUCUCUUCUGCCUCUGCCAUUAUUGGAACGAUGGGUCAAGCUAAUUACGCGGCGGCUAAUACAUAUCUCGACUCGCUUAUGAGCCACAGGCGUUCAAUUGGUCUCGAGGGAUCGACGAUGAAUUGUGGUAUGAUUGUCGGCGUUGGAGCUGUUGCCGAGGACAAGCACCUUGAGAGUCUCAUGAUACGCAUGGGCUUUGACCCCGUCAACGAAGAAGAGCUUCUCUAUCAGAUCGAGGAAGCGGUCACAUCUCGCAACACGCCGGGAGUUUCAUCUGCUAUCGAUGAACAUCAGACAGUGACAGGCCUCAACAUCAAUGGCAAGGACUUCUAUUGGGCAACAAAGCCAAUGAUCAGAAACGUGUACUCCAAUCUCGACAUUGGUGACGUUUCUAGCGCUUCAGCUGGAAAGUCUCUGAUUGCGACUCUGCGGGAGGAUCCCGAACUCGAGGCUCGCGUGCCAAUUCUGACUGAGGCCUUCAUCGAAAAGAUCUCUGCUGUUCUGGGGGUCCCGAUCGAGGGCAUUCAACCAAUCAACCCUCUGUCGGCUUACGGUCUUGAUUCUAUCGUCGCUAUCGAGCUUCGCAAAUGGUUUGUGAAGUCAAUAAACGUGGAUGUCCAAGUAUUCGAUGUGCUUGGCUCUAAGUCAAUUACUGAGCUGGUGACCAAAGCCGCGAAACUAAUCAAGGACGAAGAAGACGCUGGCCCUGUACAAGAAACUGCUAAACCUGGCGCUACAGACACGAAGAAGUCUGCUAUCGAGGGCGAACAGACACAGACCACAUCUACUGCCUCCUCUGACCUCCAAGUGAUGCAAAAACCAAAAAACAUACCAAUGUCGACCUUCCAGCGGAGACUUUGGUUCCAGCAUCAGUUCUUGGAAGACAAGUCAGCCCUCAACCUUCCAGUUAUUGGCUACCUCAAAGGCGAAGUCAAUCUUUCUCUUCUCAAAGAUGCUUUGCGCGAAACGAAGAAGCGCAACGACAGUCUUCACAUGGCGUUCUUCGAGGGUGACAAUUUCUCAGAGCAAAGGCCAACAAAUGACUUCGAGCCUCGUAUUGACUACAAGGAUUUAUCUGAUGUCGUCGAUGCUGAAGCUGCUCUUCAAAAGUACGUCAAUGAGUUGAAACAGCAAGAACUGAGCAUUGAGGAUGGCGAGGUUAUGCGUAUGACACUUGCAAAAUUGGCUAGCGAUCAAUAUGCUUGUGUCAUGAUCUACCACCAUAUCACUAUCGACAGAGGAAGCUCAAUGUCUAUCAACAAACAAAUGAUGAGCCUCUACGACGCAAUGCGCAAAGGCGAGCGAGUCGAAACCGUCCCAGCUCCUAAGGUGUCAUACAUCGAAUUCACCCUAUGGCACAAUGCACGCCUCGAACAACCCGAUCUCCAGACUAGCAUCGAUUUCUGGAAGAAGAAACUGGACAGUGCUCCUUCAGCCAGCAAACUGUUGCCGUUCGCGCAAGCAACGCAUGCUUUAUCAGAAGCUGUCACUAUCUAUGUUCAAUCGCAUGAAGCGGAUAUGCUCGCAGACUGGGACCACUCCGUUUUCCAAUUUCUCAUGGCUAGCUUGAGAUCGUUCCAUUUCCGCUACACUGAAGAGGAAGAUCUAACAAUUCAUAUGGUAGACAGCGGCCGCCCUCACCCAGAUCUGGAGGAGACUCUAGGCUUCUUUGUGAACCUUGUGCCUAUCCGCCUGACAGAAGCUGGCGACGCUGAUUUCUCCACUUUGCUCCGCUACACUCGUGACUCUGUUCUGGAAGCUACGAAGCAUAAUGGUGUUCCUUUCGAUGCUAUCGUCGAUAGUCUUGGCGUGAGGAAGGUGACAAGUCAUCUGCCUCUUGGUCAGAUCAUUCUCAACUACCAAUCGCAUGGCAAAAUGCCAAAGCUCAAGACUGAGGAUUUCGAAGUCUACGAUCUCACCAAUGGAGAUAUUCCCACAGCCGCUGAGAUGCAACUUGAGGCCAUGGAGGAUGGUGACAACGGCUUGGCAUUGAGGCUGGAAUACUCCUCGACCUUGUACGGCUCUGGAGAAAUGGAUCGCUUCUUUGACAACUUCGUCUACUACCUUACCAGCAUCAUCAAAGAUUAUAGACAACCUAUUGCUGAGAUCGAGAUGUGUGGUCCUAAGGAGAUCGAUUACUUGAAGCGCAAUCUAUGGAAUACCACGACAUCAGAAAACUCCUGGGACAAGAAACCUGUCGUGGAGAUGUUCCUCGAUAUGGCCAAAAAACAUCCCACGAUAAAUGCUAUUGAAGAAAGCGAUGGCGAAUCCAUAACGUAUGAGCAUCUCGCUGCUCAAGCAACACGUAUCGCAGCUUCCCUGCAACAGUGCGGUGCUUCAAGCGGUGACGUCGUCGGUGUUGUCUCUCGACCUGGUGUUGAAGCUAUCUCAGCAAUGCUUGGAGCGCUACUCAUUGGCUGUGGCUAUCUUGCCAUGGACCCAGAAUUUGCAAAUGAGCGGCUGUCAUUCAUGGCAUCAGAUGCUGGUGCUCGUUUCUUGCUUGUGGCGGAUGAACUCAUGGAGAAAAGUGCAAGACCAAUCGCAGAAGCGAUGACUUUCAUGCCUCCUCAUAUCAUACCAAUGUCAGAAGCUCGGGGGUGCGAGUAUCCUCUCUUCCCCUCUGCUAUUGAGCCUGACAACAUUUGCUAUAUUGUGUACACCUCUGGAAGUACGGGAAAACCGAAGGGUGUCGCAUUGAAGAAUUCCAACACGCAGCAAAUGUUGAGCACACUGCAUCAUGACUUCAACUUCACUCCUGGACUCAAAUUUCUCCAGCAAUCCUCAAUUUGCUUCGACCUUUCCAUCGUCCAGAUUUUCUCCCCACUGACCAGCGGCGGCACAAUUUGUGUCGCAAAGCCUGAGCUCCGCAAGGAUCCUGAGCGACUUGCUGCAUACAUGCAAUCUGCCCAGAUCGGAUGCACGUAUUUCACGCCAACCCAAUUUGCGCUCCUCCUCGAGACUGGUAGCGACCACCUCCGCCAAUGUAGUUCCUACACUACUGCUUUCUUCGCCGGCGAGACGCUUCCUGUUCGUCUUGCAAAAGCGUUCUACGACCUCUCCACUCCAGCGUCAGCUUACAACACCUGGUCACCCAGCGAACUUGUCGUGCAGACCACAAUCGGUAAAGUCGCAUACCCUGACGCCUCUACCAUCAGCAUCCCGAUAGGCUACCCUCUCGCAAACUGCCGCCACUACGUCCUGGACGCGAACAUGAAACCCCUUCCAGCGUGCAUCACGGGCGAACUCUGCGUCGGCGGCGCUCAAGUCGGCGCUGGCUAUCUCAACCGCCCUGACGUCACCGCCAACGCUUUCAUCUCAGAUCCGUUCCGCUCGGAGCAAGAUACAAAAGCAGGCUGGAACACAUUCUUCCGCACAGGCGAUCGUGGCCGCUUCCGCAGCGACGGGCAACUCGAAUUCCACGGCCGGAUCGCAGGGUCCACGCAGAUCAAACUCCGCGGCUUCCGCAUAGACUUGGGAGAAAUCGAGCACAGAAUCCAUCUCGAGUUCGCGAGCACGCGCGGCCGCAAACUCGUUGAUCUCGCCGUCGUCGCUGUGCCUCAGAAACAGUCCUCCUCAGCACCCGAAUCUGGCGAGGAAAGUAGCCUAACAGACGACAGACAGCUCGUCGCCUUCCUCGUCUGCAGCCAACUCCUCUCCACACUCGACAAGCAGGAAUUGAUAACCUCUAUCCACGAGCGCUUGAGCCACCAUCUCAAUUACUACAUGCUCCCGUCCGCCUACCAAUUCCUCACCUCCCUACCCGUCACUAUCGGCGGCAAAGUCGAUCGCAAACAAUUCCUCACCAUGGACAUCGCCCCCUUCUACCCCGGCGGGGGAUCCACCGCGCCUUUCUCCUCCACCCCCAUCACCUCCUCUUCUCUCUCUUCCACCAACCCGGACGGCGAAGAUGACGUCCUCCAGAAAGUCAUCAAGUUGUUCAAAGAAACGCUCAAACUGCCUGAAGAUCAUGAGGUCAAACCGACGGAUAAUUUCUUUGAGUUGGGCGGCCAGAGUAUCCUACUGCUGAGGGCGCAUAGUAAACUUAAGAAGGUUUUUAAGAUUGCGCCGCCGUUGAAGGAGCUGUUCACGGCGGCUACGCCGUUGGAUAUGGCGAGAAAGGUCAGGGAGUGCGUGGAGGAGAAGGAGAGGGAGAAGGUUGCUGUCGAGAAGGCGUGA